AUGAACGUUACGCCCCUCGAAAACAUGACUCUACCGGACCGACAGACUCUGGAGUCAUCCACGAACAUGUUUUUCAACUCUGUUCUUAGCCGUAUAUGGCCCUUGCCAGACCAAGUCCUUUUCCGACAGACAAUGAAUAUCGCCUAUGGGGAUCAGGAGGAGCAUCCAUCCCGGAAACGCACGGCCACUAUAUGUGUAUGGGCUACAUGGGCGUUUAUCUCAGCCUUUCAAGAUUUGUCUGUGGAAAUUUCACCGAAAACGCGAGUGGAGGUCGUGAACUCCCUCAUGACGUCGAUCAAUUUGCUUCAACAACCGCACAUCGAGCUUCUCGAAUCUACAUCAAUGCUUGUUGUUCUACAUCUCAACUCUGGAAGCAUUCAAUCGAGCAUUCUGGCCAACACACUUGCUGCACGGUUUGUCCUCCUGCUCGGGGCUAAUACCAGGGAAUGUUUCGAAUCCGCUUGUAAGUUUGUUUCGCUAGGAGACGAACGCUGCAGAAAGGACAAUCAUUUGCGCAAUCUGUUCUGGAUGUGCUAUCUCCAAGACAAAGAGUUGUGCCUUCGUUCAAACCAGCCACCAGCUCUGUCAGAGUAUAACUGUGACCUCGAUCUGCCGAUUGACUACCAGCGCAAUUACAACAUACAUUCAAGCGAGAUUUCCCCAACCCCGGUGUUCGCGGGUGAUCUUCGACUCAGUCAGCUCAAAUCAAAAGCAUAUUGUGAUCUUUACUCUCGCCGUGCAUUGGAAAAAGACGGAACUUUGAUUUUGCGUGAGAUUCGGCAACUGGACGAUGAGCUCGAAGAGUGGCGCUUGAGCAUUCCAGUGGAAUACCGCCCAACACUACUGUUCUCGCAAGGGACCAGUUAUGGAUCUGAUAGGCUGAGUAUUCGAUCGCUGAUGAUGCGACUCGAGUAUUACUACUGCAUGUCAUACAUCCAUCAGGCAUGUGGUCGAUUUAGGCUCUUGGACGGAACCCAGGAUCGCGAAAUCCAAGGGAUCAGUUCUAGUCUCUCUUUCGCGAUUGCUACUUGUCGCUCUUCGCUCUACUAUCUCCUCGAAGUUAAAGACGCGCUCUCCCCGCGUGACUUUUGGCUGAUUCUCUUUUAUCCACUUUCGGCCGUUCUGACGAUAUUCUGCAAUAUUAUUGCACAUCCACGCACUUCUGAAGCGAGUAAGGACUUGAGUAUUAUGAGCCAGAUAUCUACCUUGGUACGAGAGCUUGGUGAUCGCGAGUGCGAGGUCAGCGGACGCAGCCAUAACACAGACCGAGUGUGGAAAGUCGUGACAGCAUUGGAAACACUUGCUAAGACUGCUGUUGAGAAGCAUGUUCACUGA